UCAGUUACAGAUUUGCUUAAAAAAUACCAGCAUUGCCUAAAUCUACUUGCUUUAGGUUAAUGGUCAUUCGCAUCCCAAGAGCAAAUAUACGCACAAAGAAAUUUUAUUGUUAAAGGAUUAACUAUCUGAAACAUCACGUUUCUUUUGGCUACGUCUUGGCAAGGGAGGGACACCCAUCGUCUGCUCCCUGGUUACGCUCCAGGCACGUCACCCCUCGCUCUCCCGCAGGACACCAGCACCGCAAGGGGCUGCUGUCUGGAUGCUGCCAGGUGACUAAAUAGGAAGAUGAAGACAAAGAGACAUAAUAAACCACACUUCAUCUUCCCUGUCCUGAUAAUCUCUUCUAUGUGUUUGCAAACAAGUGCAAACCAUACCAAUUAUCCUUGGGUUAUAAAUGAAACCUGGAACCCUAUCAGCCAAAACCAAAGCGGAAGCCAGAACGUAACAGAAGCCAACACAAAUUCUCCUCUGAGCAUCAAUUUCAGCAGCAAAAUGACUACUUUUGAAAUGCAGAACAGCACCCUGCAGUCCUUAUCCUCCACAACGGCCCAAAAUUCAACAUUUUCCCCCACCAGAAGUGCUGUUUCAGCAGCUGGAGGACCCAGGAACACCAGCAAACCCAAGAGCACAAUGACAAAAGAAACAUGUGAAGACAAUAAGUCUCUUGUACUGAUUUGUUUCAUUAUAAUAGCAGUACUUGUGCUUAUCUGCACCUUCUUAUUUCUGUCAACAGUUGUAAUAGCAAACAAAAUGUCCUAUCUCAAAAAAAUUCAGCAAGGAAAACGUCGGCCCAGGAGCAAUGGCGAUAUUCUGGCGACUAACAGUUUAUGGCCAACUGCAGCAGGAACGUGGCAGAGGAUGCCUAAGGAGACAGCGGGAACCGAACUGAUAAUGCAAGACUUAAUAGCAGGGAGGGAUGCUGCAAUCCAAAGGAAAACCGACGAUGAAACUACUGAGAAACUCACUAAAGAAACAGAUAAUGAACAGGAAAACAAAGAACCCUUAAAGACACACAAACCCAUUUUAACCAAUUUUGUAGUUGAGAUUUAACUCACAGGUAAAAACUCAUCUUUUGUCUUUUUUACAUCAUUAAUACGAGGCAAAAAGUUAGCUUUCAAGUAACAACAUGAAUGUUAACACAGGAAAACUAAAUUCAGGUCUUAGGGGUUUUUUGUUUAUGAUAGUGAAAAUGCUGUAGCAACCUGUAGAUCUAGAAGGCAAUAAGAUGGUGUUAAAUAGCUUUUUAUAAAUAAUGGCAAGGCCGGUUUUACUCCUUUGACCAGAAACCACGGUGAGAGAAGCUGAACAGGAUAAAACAAAAGGACCGAAGUUUGUCCAUUCUCAAAGAUCAUUAGGAGGAAAAAAAGGACUGUUAGCCUAAUAAAUAUACCAUCCCACCAGGUGCUACACAGCCAUAGGCAGAGCGGGAUUUUAAGAAAACCAUAACUCAGUCACAACUUCAAUGCGACUACUGAGCCAGGAACCAGCCUCUCUCAAAACGCUCUUUCAGGUUUUUCCAUCAAGGACUUCUUAAACCAGCUUAAUAGCUUUUGAACCAGAUUGAGAUCUGAAUCAUGUUUCGACUUAGU